UCCUAAUAGAUACCAUGGAAAAGUGCAUAUGAACAUAAGUACAGGGUAGGCCAUUUAAAGUUGACCCAUUUGUUUCUAAAAAAAAAGAACAAAAGAAAACAAUGUUUUUUGUUCAUUUCAAAAAUAAUUUAUUUUGGUCCAAGGGGAUUUGUUUCAGCUAAUAUUUAAAAAUUAGAUCGCGUAAAUGGGCACCUUUAGCUUUGACAGCUAAAUGCACUCUUUUUUCGACAUUUUCCAUGACUUUGGCCAAUGUUUCGGAUGAUAUGGCGGCUGUUUCACGUCGAAUGUUGGCUUUCAGUUGAGCUAAGGUCUUUGGCUUAUUAGCGUAUACCUUGGAUUUUAAAUAACCCCACAAAUAAAAGUCUGGUGGCGUCAAAUCUGGUGAUCUCGGUGGCCAGUCAACAUCACCAUUUUUCGUUUUCAGCCAUUUCGACGGCCCAUUUGCCAAAAUUAAGGCGUCGCGGAUAAUCAGCUGGGUUUAGUUUUUGUGCCAUUUAAAUUUUAUAUGGAAACAUCUUCAAAUCUUUAUGAAUUAUGCGUCGGAGAGUGGUGCGAGAGAUGUCUAAUUCCUGAGAGCGGCGAUAACUCGAUGUCGAUGGAGUCUCCUCAAUACUGGCUCGUACAGCUUCGAUAUUUUCAUCAGAACGUCUUGUGCGUUGUCUGGAUGCAUGGAAUUAGAGAUAUACUGAUUACAAACUUAUUCAGUGCCUUUGGCUUCUACCAAAUUUGUAAUUUACGCAGAAAUAGCAAGUAUCUGAUUUGUGAUUUUCAGGUUCAUCCAUGUAAUAGGCGCAGAAAAUGGCAGUGCCUUAGUACGGCCUUUGUACCAGGUCAAAAGACCACUUUCGCAAGUAGUACAUACAGUUUUUGGUAUCCAAGCUUCACAUAUAAAAGGUAUUCCAAAGAAAAGAUAAUAUGGUUCUUCAAUUGUAGGGAAUAUCUUUUUUCUGCUUUGAAGGUGCGUAAAAUGUCCACAAAUAAAACAAAACCAAUCUCUUAAUUUGCAAACAGAUUCCGCCAGGCUUAUUUAAGCUUUAACUGUUUUUUUUUAUAUUAAUUUUAGUAAAAAUCACACCCGAUAUGUACUGCUUAGUAAGUCAAUUAUGCUUAAUUUUAUCAUACCCGAUUUGUAAGUCACAGCUGACUAGACGCGAGAACUCAGUAUUUGGCCCGGCCGAACUUGACGACGUUUUCACCUACUUUGUAUAUGUUGGCGUGUAACUUUUUUAUCAAUCGUAAAGAGCUUUAUUUACAAUAAUGGUGUCUUUGGUGACCCCCACUGAAAUUUUCCGCCAAACAUUUUCGUAGAAUAUUUUAAUCCUUAAAUGUCCUUUUUUAAAGGAUAUUUUUUGAUUUUCUCGAAAAAUGGGUCAAAUUGACCCAUAAAGAAACCAGUUAGAGGGUUAAGAUCUUCCACAAAAAUAAUCCUCAUACAAUUCCACAAUACAACUCUGAUCAUAAGAAUUCUCUCAGACAUUAACUUACAACAUUUUUUUCAUAUAGUAUAAUGCUCCCUUCGACCAAAAAAUGAAAACUUUGACCCACUGUAAAAAAAACUCAGACGUGCUGGACCAUAAGUUUGUUCUACAAAAAUGAUCUACUCAACAUACCCUUUCAGAAUUAUAGGGUCGCUAUUCUGUUCCAUUCAAAAAGUCUUCAUUUGUUGGACAGUGUAAUUUAUGGAAAAAUUUAGUUUCCCUUUUAAACGCAGCUGGGCCACCAUUGCGCGACAUUGCGGGGUGGGAAAAGGUAAUUCCAAUAAUUGCACAGAUAAAUUAUAAAUGUGAUUAAAUGUAAUCAAUUAAAGGUUUGGGCAGACUAUAAGAUUCACUUAAAGGCAAAAAUGCGACGAAACAAAAAUAAUAUUUCGGGAACUGGAGGUGGUCCCUCACUUUUCAUACUCUUAUCACAGUUAGAGCAUCAAGUGAGUGAGUUAUUGUCAAUAGAGGAAUCAAUAAAUGGAAUGAGUGGUACCUUGUCAUUUGGUGCAGCUACAAGCAGCCUGUCGGAGGUAAAUGCAGACCCUACCGAACCAAAUACACAAAACAGUGAGUUACCACAAAGUUCCAAAGUGGCAUGCACACCUCACAAAAAACAGCAGACUCCUCUUAAUACACAAGAAAAUGAAUUACCACAAUGUUCAAAUGUGACGUACACACCGCGCAAAAAGCAGCAGACUCUGCUUGAACAACAAGCCGAAAACCAAAUUAUAUUCCAGAAUAACUCGAUUAAAGUGUUAAACGAUAUAAAUUUUAAUAUAAAAAACAUUUUUAAAAGAUUGUAAAAGAGAAAUAAAUUAUAAAAAUACGAGUAUAUGUACGUGUAUAUUAUUGUAUUUAUGAAUGUUCUUACCACCAUUGCAUUUAUGCUGAGUUUUAGUUUACGAUAAAAAAAUAAGUGUUCAUUCCGUGAUGGUUGUAUCAACUGGAUGUGCCUCCCAUCAAUCACUCCAAUUUCGCCUGGAAUUCCGGACGUCAAGUAGAAGGUUCUAUUUGCUUCAAUUUUUUCCUCAAUGGUCAAGGGAAACACGAUAUGCUUUGGGCACAGAGUUUUCUCGAUGGCAUCGCACACUUCCAAGAUGCAUCGGGUUGGGCUAGCCCUGAAUGCCUAUCUUGGCUGACCGAGUGUUGAUACCCGCCCUGUGCGAGGAACUUCAAGGUUGUUGACAGUUUUACAAUUUCUGGAAUUGAUGUGGUCCUUUGAGCGACUUUUAAUUGGGGUCUUAUGUUGUCCAAAACAUAUAAAAAUGCGUGCUUAUUGAGGCAGAAAUUUUGCAUGAAGCUAAAAACAUAAAAUGUGUAGAUGUUAAGUACAUUUUAAAGCCGCAAUUUUUUACUAACCUUUUAUCGCUUAGAGACAUAAUGUCCGAAUUAUCUCGAAUGAUUCUUCUAUCAGUACUUUCCUGAGAAUAAUAAUGCUCCCACAAUGCCACAGAAUUCAUUUUUAAAUUAUUCAACACAGUUUUAACGAAGAAAUUAUUAUUAUUGUCUUUAUUUUGCUCGUUUAUACUUUGACAUUUUUGGAAGUAAUGCCAACUAUUACAUAAAAAGAAAAAAAAGCAAAGGUGAACAACAUUGUUAGCGAUGCGUAAGCAAUACAAAGUAUCAAUUGCCUAUCGCAUCGCAUUGGGCUUUCGAAUCGCAUUGUCUUUCGCAUCGCUUUACAGAGUAAGCCCCCUUGUCUUUCAUUGGUAUCAGGCUAAGUGAUAUAUCUACAUUUUAACUCCAAAAUUGACGAAAAUACUCUCUUUGUAAUCUUGUAAAGCGUUUCACCAUCUCCUACACCAAACAGUGUAGCUACUUUGCGAAUCGCCGCACUUUCACCCGAUGAACCCAAACGAUAUAAGGUUAUAGCUAACUGUAGUUCUACUGAAAAUUGCCUAAUGGAUUGAGCGUUGUUAAACGGUGCACUGUCUUUGAUCAAGGACAAUAGUAAAUUAAUCUCUUGAGACUCGGAGCAUUUGUUGGUAACGUCCUUCGUCUAAAUAGUCAAGAACAUUAGUCCUCCAUUCCAAACACUUAGGCACAUUUUGAUAAUUUCCGCAAUGGUUCGAUAAGAUAAUUGUAAGACUUUCAUACAAUUCAUCCAUAGCUUUCCAAUAGCUAACGUCGUCUAAAAAGUUCAAAUUUUUGAUUUUUUUAAGUUUGAAAAAGUGAAAUAAGCAAUUACCAUUCAAAUGUAGUAAUAUAUUAGAAGCAGCUUCUUCAAUUGUAAAAUUAACGAGUUUUUUGUUUCUCAGAAAUUUGUGGCAUUUUUAAAAAAUAGAUUCGUUAAUCUUUCGCAAUUUGUUUUGUACAUUGGCCGAAUCAGCCGUUCAUAUAUCAUUAAAUUCUGCAAUGGGUGCUCUCGUGCCAAUGUAUAUUUCGGUAUAGUAUUUUUGCAAUCUGCAAUCUUGCAAGAGCAAGCGAAUACCCCUAUUAGAUACAGUCAAGAAAAAAAGUCUAAAUGCACUCCUCAAUUUUGAUGUACCACAAAAUUAGGAGCGAUAUUUGAAAAAAGAAUUAUAUCAACAUUUAAGGCACUAAUAACAAAUAUUAUUUGUAGAAAAAAAAAUAUGUUAAAACAUAAUAAUAAGCGGGAAAUGCAGCAGCAUGGCUGCCCUUUUGCUUUAUCUCAAAGAACAAGUCCUUGAGAACAUUUUUUCAAAUUUUCAUAGAGAUUCGAGCAGUAAAAAAACAGUUACAGCACUUCUAACCGCGCGCCUCGUCACGGCCCCAAACCCGAGCGGUUUCGCUUUAAACGCGAAUAUCUCCAAAUGGUGCUUUUUGAAAAAUGACUUUGCGGUGCCAUGGAUUGGCGGAAAACUACUGAAGCGAUUUUAUUCAAACUUUUUUGACCGUAAUGAAUUUUUUAGCGAAAUUUCUAGUGACCAAAAAGUUAAUUUUUUGCAUAAAACGUUCCCGUGUGCACAAAAAAAAAUCAUAAAAACGAUUGUUCAAGCACAAGGAAUUACACUAAACUAAUGAAAUUUGUUUACUUUUAUGGUUUCAGUUGACUUGUUCGACCUGGGGAAUUUUCAUCGCAAGGCUCAUUCAAAAAAAGGCCUCUAAGGGAAACAGCCACCCCUUAAAAACGAUUUGAUAUUUUACCACGAAAUUUCGCACAAACAUGGUUAAUAAAGUAUACUAUCAAAAAAUAAAAACAUUCGUGUUAUGAAAUAAUUAUACCUAAAAAAUCCAAACUUUCCAUUUUUUCUUCGACAAAGAAGGUAUAUAACCCCUUAACAUCAAAGAGAAAAUUAAGAGGAAAGAAAGCCUAAUAACAGUUAUCAUUGAUCUCCCUAUUUUAAAUUACAAACAAUGCAAUUAUUUAAGUGGACAAAGCGAUAAUUAUAGUGGAGUUCCUUUUACCUUGGUCAAUGAAAAUGGAUAAUCGAAAAGAAAUAUAAGUUACAGUUAGAAAUAUUAAGGUAAAUCUUCGAAAACAAAACAAAUCGUGUGAAGAAAUUGCUAAGGCCGUGAAAUUAAGUCAUGCUACUGUACAAACGAUCAUUAGAAAUUAUAAUAAUACCAAUAGUACCGAGACUAAGCCUCGGUCUGAUGAACAUAAGAAACUUUAAAGAUCAACCAGGAUCUAAAAAUAAAUGCCCCAAAAUUAGCGAAACACAUCGAAAUGAAAAUGAAAGGAAAACCAAAUAAACCCAUUUUAUUUACUAAAGUUUCACAUAGACUCAUAAAGUUAUAAAUUAUAACGAUCCGAUAACUUGGGUUUGGGAAAUCAAUGAACUUUCCAACAAGUUAACGAUCCGAAGCAUACUGCGCACGUUGUUCGACACUGGCUUCAAUACUAUGCUCCAAGACAGCUGAAUUCCCCACCCCAGUCACCAGAUUUAAGCCCAAUGGAACAAAUUUGGGACGUUUUGGAAAAAUCAAUACGAAAAUUGGCAAGAAGUAGCCGUGAAACAUUAAAAACCGGCCUCAUUCGUGCUUGGGCCGAAAUAACACCCAAUAUAACGGAGAAUAUGGUGGCAUCAAUGUCUCGACCAAAUACUAAAAGAUAUAAAAUUAUCAUUUUUUUUUAAUUUCUUUUAAAGAAUACUAAGUUUUUGUGGUUGUAUCUACACUUUUUCCCAUGAAUUUUUAAUGUUUUUUAUUGUUGGCUUUAUUAUGUAAGUGAAUUUCUUUUUUAAAAGUGCCUUAAAUAUUGACACCAUUUUUUCCCCUUCAAGAAAAUGUCCCUAAGAGGAUUUUUCGAAAUUCAAAUUAUUUUUCGAGGUACUGCUCAUUUUGUGACGCGCCGACAAAACCGUUUCGCAGCCCGUGACAACUUUAAACUCGUUUAUCUCAUAACUACUUUUCUAAAAACGGUGUGCAUCAAGUUCUACUCAACCGAUUCACAUGAAAUUUAACACAGAGCUUUCUUAUACGUUAUAGUAUCGCACCACGAAGAGCUUUCGAAAGAAUUUUUUUUUAAUACCGAACCACAAAAAACGGAAAAUACGAAACUUUUUUUUCAUACCUUCACCAUUUUGUAAUUUUUUUUUCAAAAACGUUUCGUAGUGCGAUAACUACACUUUUACUCUUCACCCAUUUCGCAUAAAUUUUCAUUUUAGGUCAUGGAAAGGAUUUAUAUCCUGUACACCAGGACAAGCCAUUGUUUCAUCAGUCUCUACUUCGGUGAAUUUUUUUAAAUUUAAUUCUUUUUCUUAUUUUAUUUAUGUUUUGUAUUCUUAGAAUAUCAAUAAAAAGCAUGUAAAAAAAAUGGAACGUCAAAAUAAUUUUUUAUUUUUUUUUAUUGCGUCAAAAAUUACCUAAAAUUCGGGCUUCUAAACCAGAAUCCUUAAUAUUUGUGGCGCGAUUCUGUAAACAGUCUCUAGUCAAGAAUGAUAGAAACAAAGAUUGCGCAAUGACGAGUUCAAAUUUUGUUCAUUCUUCGCAUCUACGUCACGGUUGACGAACGUACAAUCAGCUGAUUUUCAGUUGUUUGUUUUUCUUUGCAAUAAGAAGCAAUUUUAUAUUGCAGGCAUACAAAAACAUGAAUAUCAUCAAAAGUUAACAUCAAUAUUAGUGAAUAUUAAUAAAAGAUAUCAAUAUAUGUGAUUAUUUUAUAGUGAACAUUUACCUACAUAUUUAUUUAAAUGAAUUUUCAUUGUAUUAUUUAAUUUUGUCUCUUUGCUGUGUUUGUUUCAACCAUAUACAUUUAUGUAAAUAAAUACAUUGAAUAUUUUGUAACCAAGUAUCAAUUUAUUUUCUUAUUUUCUUUUUUUGCUAUACAAGUUAGCACCCCAUACAUUCAAAAGUAUCAUAUGAUGCAGUAAUAUCAUAUGAUACAAAGUAAAAUAAUAUGAUACCACUAAAUCGCUGAGACUGCGACACGUGUAGUGGCAACCUAUGGGAAGCGCAACGUCAGCGAAGUGCCAACCUGUGGGAAGCGCAGCGUCAGCAAACUCCGUACCCGUUGCAGCGGCAAACAUAGGUUUAGAGUUAAGUAUAAUUAAUUGUAAAUGUUAGUUCUUAAGUGGAAUUCAAUAAAGGAGCAUAGCUCCAAAAAUAUAUUUUUUUAUUAAACAUAAUAAAACGUUUUUUAACUGGCGCCCGAGCAGGGACCAGAGCGCGUAAGUAGUAAUUGCCUGAAAACCAAAAAGUAAGGCUCCGCGAGUGGCGAACGGUAGUGAUUGUGAAAAAAAAAGGAAAAAGCCUGAAAAUAAAAAAGUAAGGCUCCGUGAGUUAAAAACAAAAAAAAAGUGUGUGAAAAACAAAAAAUACAAUAAAUACUUUGCUAACGAGCGGCUACAACGCACAACGUGGGAUUUCUAAACGCCGAGGGACCUCAGUACUGUUAAAGAAAAGGGACAACCCCGGAGCGCAGCACAACAUCCUAUGGAAAGCUGGAAACACCUAAUAAUAUUACUACCGCUAUGCCUGGCGGAAGUACAGAUCCUCGACUACUCAAACUCCCAAUUAAUAACAAUAGAAAAGGGAACGGCUAGACUACAAACAGGAACAUUAGGAUAAUACAUGAAAUUGACAUAGAAAAAUAUACGGACACACUAGACCACAUAGAAGCGACUAUUAAAAUUGAAACUAUCCGCAAAAACCCUAAUUACCCCUUCAUAUCCCAUUUAAUAACACAGAUAAGAGCCCAACUUAACAAUCUAAAAGUAGAGCAAAAAAUUAAAAGGUCAAUAAAUUUCCUGGGUAGCGCAUGGAAAUGGAUUGCAGGAAGUCCAGACCAUGAAGACUACGAAAUAAUUUCAAGUAAGAUAAAUAAUGUUUUACAAAAUAACAAUAAUCAGGUAUUAAUUAACAAACUUACAAUAGGCAAAAUUAGCGAGAUAACAAAUAUUACGAAUAAUAUUGUUACGAAUUUACUCUUGCUAGUUUACUUUGUUAGGUUCGUAUCUCUGGAUUGACAAAUAAAAUCAACACUGUUUAAUUUAAUUCAACAACUCUUUAUUUCACAACUCGUCUACACUAUAGCAGUUUACUCUUAGCACUGAUUGAUUACGUUGGCGCUGCCACGGCUUAUAUAGCCACGCACUUCUCGCUGAUGCCGACGUGUCCUUCUAGAAUAUCGCGUCUGGAAAUUACCAGAACAUACGGCUAUACGGCGCCAGACGCAAGCAGACAGUCGCGGCGCCAGACUCUGCAAUUGUUCAAGCAGACGGCUGUGGCGCCAGAUGUCUAUUGUUUCGACAAGCGGACAGUGCGGCGCCAGAUGUCUAUUGUUUCUCAAGAAGACAGCCGUGGCGCCAGAUGUCUACAACAAGACAAAUGCUAUUCCAUAUACCUACAGCUAUUGUUCAUAAUCAGGGAUGCAUAUAGUAAUACAAAUACAACUUAAUACUACUUUUGUAACAAUAUAAUUAAAACCAUGCAAAAUGAAAAGAGUUUAGAAAUUGAAGCAUUUUUACAGCUAAAAUAUAAAUUAGAAAUAAUUAAGGAAGAAAUUUUAAAUAUUGCAUACGCAAUACAUUGGGCAAAAGCCAAUAUAAUAAAUUCUUUUAUCUUAUCAAAUGAAGAAAUAACUAUUGUGAAAAAAGUAAUAGACAAUGACAAUAUUCCAUAUGUUAAUUUAGACGAAGCACUCGAAUUUUCCGAAAUAAAAAUUGCAACCAAUGGCAAAAUUAUAAUUUAUAUUGUUAGCCUCCCAACCGUAGAUUACCAAAAUUGUAAAACUUUAGAUAUUAGAGCAGUAAAAAAUAACGGGAGAAUUAAUAAAAUCAAUUUCAAUACAAUUCUAAACUGUGAAAAGGGAAUUUAUGGAAUAGAAAAUUAUUGUAAAAAAUACAAUUCCUUACAAAUAUGCUUAAGCAAUAAUGUAAUAGAUUUAAGUAAUGAUACUUGUAUAAAUAAUCUUUUAAAAAGUCGUUUGCCAAACUGCACGGAGGUCAACAACCAACAUAUUCCAACCAUAGAGGAAAUGGGACCAGGAAUAAUAUUUCUAAAUAAAUACAACGGAGAAAUUUCAAUAAACAACAAACCUACAUUUUUAAACGGGACCUUCAUAAUUUUGUAUACCAACGUAACAAUCGUUAUCAAUGGAAAAAAGUUCUAUAACGAAGAAAGAACAGCAAGUAAGCCACUACCAGCCAUCCUUCAACCGUCAUCCGCACUACACAAUAUAGAAGAAUUCCUCUCGCUAGAGAUGCUGAAACAGCUUAACUUCAACAAUACAAAAGAAGUAAGUCUGUUAGAAGCAGCAAACAGAGUAAAGCACAGAACCAGCACCACGCUAAUCAUCUUUUUAAUAUUCAUCGCCCUAAUUUUCGGGAAGAAACUUCUGAUCAAACAAAAAGAAGAUGAACGCAACAAACUCUCACAGCCGGCAAUAGAAGGUCUCAACCAAAUUUUUAAUACACCUAAAGAUUCAAACGAGGACGUUUGA